AUGGCCCGCUGCUUUCUUCUCACCGCCUUCGCGCUCGCUGGUGCGGCCUCGUACCAGACGCUGAGGGGCCCUGGCCCGCGCGUGGCGGAGGGCCUUCGCCGCCCCGCGCCGCUCCUCCGCGUUGAGCAGCACGAGAGUGCGGAGGAGGACGACGAUGCCGAGCUCGCACGAAUGGCGGGCGACUUUGCUCCCCCGUCGGCGGCCGUCAAGGACAAGCUGCACAAGGCCAUCAAGAAGCCAAAGGGCUCGAUGGCGCUCAUCGGGGAGGGCUCACCCCAGCUGUCGAGCGCCACCCUCGGCGGCUUCGACCUCAACGACCCGGCGUACCUCUCGGAGCAAUUCCGCAUCGGCGGCUGCUCUGGUGUGAGCGUGCGGUCCGGUGAGCGACAGCUGGCGGCGGAUGCGCUCAGGCGCACCUCGGAGGAGCAGCAGGUGGCGCAGGGCGAGUUCCCGGGCCCGCUGCCCGUGCUCGCACACCUCGACGUCGUGGACGAGGUACAGCUCGCCCAGGCGGCCGCCGACGGCGCCAGCGCCGCCACCCUCUCCCUGCAGCUCAACGGGGCAGAGGGCACGAAGGCUCUCAUGGAGGCGGCAGCGGGGUACGGGCUCGAGUCGGCGGUGCGCGUGGCGAACGCGGAGGAGGUGGCGACCGCCCUCUCGCUCGGCGCCAAGCUCCUCUGCAUAGGCGACUGCUCGCUGCCGCAGGCGGGAGAGCUGGUCGCCGAGCUGCCAAAGGACGUGCGCUCGAUCUGCGACGUGCGCGUGCGGGACGCACGCGACCUCGGGUUCGACGCGCUGAUCGUCUCGGACGCGCUGAUCGAGGUUUGCAUCCGCGACCGCGUGCCGCCCGACGCGGUGAUCAAGGCGAUGCUGGCCAAGGGGUCGGUCAAGUACGGGCUCGGGAUGCAAAAGGGUCGCCUCGAGGGCGCCAAGGAGCAGCUCGGCUCCCUCGCCAUGUGA